UGACCAUCCUCCAACUGGAGUUUCCACGACAGCUGGGAGCCGUGCGAUACCUCCUCGCGUAUUGCUUUCAUAAAGAAUACGUAGGGACUGUCCUUAUUUCAACAUCCGCAAACAAACUUUUGGCGGCAUGGGAGACAAGAAGAGUCCAACCAGGCCGAAGCGUCAACCAAAGCCUUCGGCGGAAGAGGGAAAUUGGGACUGUAGCGUUUGCACUUACAAGAACACCGCGGAGGCUUUCAAGUGCAUGAUGUGCGAUGUAAGGAAAGGGACGUCAACACGGAAGCCUCGUCCUGUCUCCCAGCUGGUUGCUCAGCGGGUAGCGCCGCAGUUCGCCUCGCCCACGCUGCUGCCCAAGAAGGACAAGAAGGACAGAACGGACCAGGAGAAGAAUGACAAAGAGCCCACAGUGAAGAAGAACAGCCAUAAGAAGAUGAGGCCCAGGUUAAAAAACAUUGACAGGAGCAGCGCUCAGCACCUAGAGGUCACGGUUGGAGACCUGACUGUCAUCAUCACAGACUUUAAGGAGAAAACCAAACCUCCCCCCUCCUCCACCACCACCACCACACCCCCCACCUCUACCACCCCCUCCAGCAGUGUGUCUGUGUCUGCAGAACACCACAGUGGCUCCAGCUCAGACAACAACACUGAGAGAGGGGUCUCGCGGUCAUCUUCACCCCGAGGAGAGGGCUUCUUAGUCGGGACAGAGUCCCACUAGACCACCCCAAUUGGAACCCCAGACCCCCCCACCCCCCAAGUUGGAGGCCCUGGACCACCAAACUCCUAGCCCAACAGACCCUCAGACCUCCAACCCCUAGACCUUGGCCUGGACAUCCAACCCCUAGACCUUGCCCUGGAUCCCCAACCCCUAGACCUUGGCCUGGAUCCCCAACCCCUAGACCUUGGCCUGGAUCCCCAACCCCUAGACCUUGGCCUGGAUCCCCGACCCCUAGACCUUGGCCUGGAUCCCCGACCCCUAGACCUUUGCCUGGACACCCGACCCCUAGACCUUGACCUGGAUCCCCAACCCCUAGACCUUGGCCUGGACGCCCGACCCCUAGACCUAGACCUUGGCCUGGACCCCCGACCCCUAGACCUUGGCCUGGACCCCCGACCCCUAGACCUUGGCCUGGUACCCCGACCCCUAGACCUUGGCCUGGACCCCGACCCCUAGACCUUGGCCUGGACCCCGACCCCUAGACCUUGGCCUGGAUCUCUGACCCCUAGACCUUGGCCUGGAUCUCUGACCCCUAGACCUUGGCCUGGAUCCUCGACACCUAGACCUUGGCCUGGAUCCUCGACCCCUAGACCUUGGCCUGGAUCCCCAACCCCUAGACCUUGGCCUGGACCCCCAACCACUAGACCUUGCCCUGGAUCCCCAACCCCUAGACCUUGGCCUGGACCCCCAACCCCUAGACCUUGGCCUGGACCCCCGACCCCUAGACCUUGGGUAUGACUACUCAUGGCUUAACAUAGGCCACUCUAACCUCACUCCUCUGUCCUCAACUCUGAUAUGUAAUGUUAUCUCUGGACUUGCACAUUUACUGUAGUACUAGCUACAGGUUACAGCUAGAUCAACACAUUUAGCAGCUACAGGUUACAGCUAGAUCAACACAUUUAGCAGCUACAGUUUACAGCUAGAUCAACACAUUUAGCAGCUACAGGUUACAGCUAGAUCAACACAUUUAGCAGCUACAGGUUACAGCUAGAUCAACACAUUUAGCAGCUACAGUUUACAGCUAGAUCAACACAUUUAACAGCUACAGGUUACAGCUAGAUCAACACAUUUAGCAGCUAUAGGUUACAGCUAGAUCAACACAUUUAGCAGCUACAGUUUACAGCUAGAUCAACACAUUUAGCAGCUACAGGUUACAGCUAGAGCAACACAUUUAGCAGCUACAGCUAGAACAACACAUUUAGCAGCUACAGGUUAUAGCUAGAUCAACACAUUUAGCAGCUACAGGUUAUAGCUAGCACUACUACUACAACCUUGAGUUGUGGUUUGCUUUUGGAUAAAAAAAAACACCACAAUCUGAAGUCUUGUUUUAAGAAAUUUCUCUGAUUAACUUUAGGUCAAUUUAACUGACUUUAAAAACUAUUUUUUGAAACCUGUGUUCUAAACAUGAAGUAAUGUCAUUACAUUUAGCUGAUCUUAGCCUAUUGGACAGCUCUGUUUUUUAAUGUGUUAUAACAUCACGUCAGUGUUAGUAUCCAUGUCAACAUCGGAACUUUCAACCUCCUGUCCAAUGAGAACUGUCGUGACAUGAUGAUUAUGGUUCAGAGUUCUUCAGUUUGUGUUGCAUUAUGGGAGAAAACAUGAGGUACAUGUGGAGAGGAUGGAAAACCUAUAGGCUCUCUUUUGGUACUUGUCUCUCAGUUGUAAAGUGUCAUUUAUUGAUUGAAUGUGUUGGAGACUGAAUUGUAUUGUCAUUGACUCACAUCAGCCGGGACCUGGUGUGGUUUUAUCAUUCAUGAGAAAAUAUUCUUCAAAACAACGUCGGUUUUUGAAUUGUGUCCGUUUUAACACCACCUCAAAUGAUUGAUCAUACUGUAUCACAACAUUCACUGUUACAUUUUCUAUCAUUUGUUUUGUUUCUACCAAGCUUUUCUGUUUAGAAAUGUAUGGACAACUUGGUUGGUUACAUGGUUCAAUGUCUAUAAAGAAAGAUAUAAAUAAUGGCAUUAUG